AUGGAAGCUCAUAACUUUUGUUCAUAUCUAUCUAUCUAUCUAUCUAUCUAUCUAUCUAUCUAUCUCAAUUUGUUCAUAUCUAACUAUCUCAAUCUGUUCAUAACUAUCUAUCUCAGUUUUGAUUUACCUAUCUAUCUAUCUAUCUAUCUAUCUAUCUAUCUAAAUGACAAUAGAAAAAACUUACAAGGAAUCCGAUUUGUAAAUAUACCACUCUUUUUUUUAAUUUUCCCAAUUCUCAUUGGUGUGAUCCUUUCUUUCUUUCUUUUUUCUUUCUUUCUUUCUUUCUCAUUUUAUUUUUUGUUUUAUUUUCUUUCUUUUCUUCAUUUUCUUUCUUAUUCUUUUUCCUCCUUUUCUUUUCGAUUUCUUUCAUUCUUUCUUUUCUUCUUUUCUUUUCUCUCUUUCUUUCCUUCUUUUUCUUUUAUAUUCUUUUUUUCUCCUUCUUUAUUUCUUUUUUCUUUUGUUCUUUCUUUCUUUCUUUUUCUUUUCUAUUCUAUUCUUUUUCUACUUUAUAUUUUGAUUUAUUUCCUUCUUUCUUUCUUUCUUUUCUCUCUUUCUCUUUUUGCUUUAUUUUUCUUUCUUUCCUUCUUUUUCUAUUCUGUUCUUUUUCUCCUUUUCUUUUUGAUUUCUUUCUUUCUUUUCUAUUCUUUCUCAUUUUUUUUGUUUUCUUUUUCUUUCUUUCUUUCUUUCUUUUUUUCUUUCUUCUUCGUUUCUAUUCUAUACUUUUUCUCCUUUUCUUUUUCUUUAUUUUUCUUUCUUUCUUUUUCUUUUCUGUUCUAUUCUUUCUUUAUCUCUAUCAAUCUAUCUAAUUUUCCUAUCCAUUUAUCUAAUUUUUUUCUUUCUAAUUUCUUUUUCCUUUUCUUUCUUUCUUUCUUUCUUUCUUUCUUUCUUUCUUUCUUUAUAAUCUUUCUUUCUAUCUAUGAAAUUUAUAAUCUAUCUAAUUUCUUUUUCUCUUUCCUUCUUUCUUUUCUCUUCCUUCCUUCCUUCCUUCCUUCCUUCCUUUUCCUAUAUAUUUUUCUAAUUUCUUUCUUUCUUUCUUUCUUUCUUUCUUUCUUUCUUUCUAAUCUAUCUAUCUAUCUAUCUAUCUAUCUAUCUAUCUAUCUAUCUAUCAAAUUUCUUUCUUUCUUUCUUUUUUUUAUUCUUUCUAUGAAAUUUCUUUAUAAUCUAAUGUCUUUUUUCUUUCUCUCUUUCUCUCUUUCUUUCUUUCUUUCUUUCUUUCUUUCUUUCUUUCUUUCUUUCUUUCUUUCUCCUGAUGCAAGCACUCACAUAUACUCAUUAUUGUCUGAGCUCCUCUCCGCGGAUUAUUAA